AAACAUGGAUAGGUACCACUUGAAGUACAAAUUAUGGCCAAGGGAUAAACAGAUGGGUUGUACCUUCUUUGGAAAGUACUUGUUUGUGUUCCAGAAUCUUUUUUGAAGAAGAAAUAACAUGCCCUAUGUGGAUCAUCCUUUGGGAAACCCCCUCAUUUUGACAUAGAGAAUUGCUAAUAAUGCUGGAAAACUGCCUUUGCACUUACCAUGUAAUUGCAGCAUUUAUGCGAUUUACCAAUGCCAUACUUGGUGUGAAGGACCAUAAUGGUCUCCCCGAAUAAAGGGAUCUAGGUGAGUUUGGAUUGAGGUGAAAGAGGUUUGGAACAGGAAGCAGCACAUACAAAUACUGUAUAACCAACACAAUAAAGAAACACAAACACCCCUGAGUGCAGUGGGACGUGCCCCCUUGCCCCGUGCUCGUAAAUGUCCGCCCCUGCAGCGGCGCGCGCUUCCGCCUAGGAGCAGUGGAGCCGGACCGGGAGUUCAGAUGUGGAGGGAAGACUGCGUGCUGGAGCCAGGGAUUGUACUCUAAGGAGGAAUCUUCAUGUGCAACUACACAACCUGCAGGCUGAAUGUCCUUAUCCGUGCUCUCUUUGCUCCAGUCAUCAUGAUGACAGUCUCUCGGUAGCCUUUUGCUACCUGCCUGGAAUUUGUUGUGUGCUCCAAAACCCUACCAAGCUCUGAGACAUUUUACUUUAACCACACAAACCACCACCUGCCAUGGAACACCUGUGUCCGGGUGAAGGCGUGAGCCGGACACAGGCCCUCGUCGGCAGACUGUAGCCAUCUGGAUUCUCUUCAGCUUAUUUCCUUUGAUUUUACUCUGGAGUUAUUCUUCAUUUGGACCAGGGAUGGAUGUACCGGAAGCCAGCAAGCAUGGCAAGAAAUCGACAAGUCAAAAGCUGGAGGACCAGAAAAAGAUUUACACAGACUGGGCCAAUCACUAUCUGGCCAAGUCUGGCUGUCCACGCCUCAUCAAGGACCUGAGCCAGGACAUCACUGAUGGAGUCCUGCUGGCACAGAUCAUCCAGAUCAUAGCAAAUGAGAAGGUGGAGGAUAUCAAUGGCAGCCCCAGGAGCCAGUCGCAAAUGAUCGAAAAUGUGGAUGCUUGCCUAAGUUUCCUGGAUGCCAGAGGAGUGAAUGUACAAGGGCUCUCGGCAGAAGAGAUCAGGAAUGGCAACCUAAAGAGCAUCCUGGGUCUCUUCUUCAUCCUGUCGCGCUACAAGCAGCAGCAGCAGCAACAGCAGCAGUACUACCAGUCCCUGGUGGAGCUCAGCCAGCAGACCAGCAGCACUGCAACAUCCGCCAGCAGCCUCAAGACACAAGAGAUGCAGUCCAGUCUCACAGCACGAUAUGCAAGUCCUCCAGGUCACAGUGGAAUAGGGUCACCACAGAAGAAAAACACAAGGUUACCAGGUCCCUCCAGAGUACCUGCUGCAGGCAGCGGGGCCUCCAGGAGCCCGGGCUCAUGCAACCUCAACCGUCGCAGCCAGAGCUUCAACAGCAUCGACAAGAGCAAGCCUCUUCAGUAUGCCAGUGGCAACGACAGAGAAGCAGUGAGGGGAAUCCCAGCACCCAGCGGGAUGAAUGGGAGCAGUAUUGGUGGGACGGUCCCCACCAGCCUCAGUGGGCAGCAGCUGGCCUCUGCCAUCCCAUCACCCACUGCUGGCAAGUCCUGGCGCAGCAAGUCCAUGAACCUCAAGCACAGUGCCACUUCGUCCAUGUUGGCAAGUCCCACGCAUUCACCCUCCCCCACCCAUUCACCCCAGGCCUCUGAAGGCCUUCUUCCACACGGAAAUGAUGGGUCAAAAGUAGGGUCGGUUGGCAGCGGUGGACCCCAGAGGUCCAUGCUGGAGAAGUUUCGCCUGAUUAACCCUAGAUCAGCUUCACGAGCAUCACCAUCUGUGGCAGAGAUGGCUCUGCAGGAGGAGGAUGACCUGUCAGAGUACGGUGAGGAUGGCCUGACACCCACGGGGUCAGUGUGCAGCAGUGUUAGUAGCAGUGCUACAGCCAAGCAAAUGACUACCAAGAACUCUGCAUCGUCCCUCACUGCAUCAAGCAAAACCUCUUCUUCUUCCCCCUCUCCUUCAUUUUCAAAAGCAUCUGCCAAUGGCAGCAGGUCCAUGUCCAAAGAUAAGGAGGACAAAAUUAAAUCUGGGAAAUCUUCUAAGGAUAGCUCUCCACCCAAAGAGGAGCGCGAGACAAUUACUGACCCCACCAAGAAGACCUCAAAAAUUGCCAGCCUCAUCCCAAAAGGAGGGAAGCCAUCAUCUGGAAAGAAAGAUGGCGGCUCUUCGGCAUCUAGCGGCAUCCCCAAGCCAGGACUUAAAACACCCUCCACCACAACGUCCAAGCCUCAGAGUCAGUCCCAGAGCCAAAGCCAGGCCGCCUUAAACAGCAGCGGCAACAUGCGGGGUGGAGAAGGGGAAAGGGCAAAGCUGACGAAAGGAGGGCAGGGUGGAAGUUUCUACAUACAGCGCUCCAUUGGGGGUCCAGAGGGCAAAAGGACAAGCAUGACUUCCUCCACCAGCACCUCAGCCCUAUCUGGGUCUAGUGGGAUAAUGGGAGGAGGGGGAGGAGGAGGGGUUGGAGGAGGAGGAGGAGGAGGAGCAGCGCUUGGAGGGAACGGAGUGGUUCAGCUUCCUCAGCAGCAGCAGCACAACCAUCCCAACACUGCCACUGUGGCCCCCUUCAUGUACAGGACAUUCUCAGAAAAUGACUGCACCAUGGUGGCCCCAGCCGACCCCUGCCUCAGCCCCACCAAGGGAGAGCUGGUCUAUAGCAAGACAGCCAAACAGUGCCUGGAGGAGAUAUCAGGAGAGGAUCCUGAGACAAGACGCAUGAGGACAGUGAAGAACAUUGCUGACCUGCGGCAGAACCUGGAAGAGACCAUGUCCAGUCUAAGGGGGACACAGAUCAGCCACAGCACACUAGAAACAACCUUUGACACCACUGUAACCACUGAGGUCAAUGGGCGGAGUCUACCAGCCCUCACCACACGCUCCUCCCCCAUGGCCUGGCGUCUGGGCCAAUCACAAACCCCACGUCUCCAAGCAGGCGAUGCCCCCUCAAUGCCCAGCAGCUACGCUGUGACCAGGGCGAGUACAACGAGCGCUAGCACCCCCUCAGGGCGCUACAGUGGGCACUCGGACCCUUCCAGGUUUGUGUAUAGCGCCCCCCUGAGGCGAACAGCAGCGGCAGCAGGGGCCAAGGGGGCGGAGCAGGGGGAGAAGGGUGGAGGAGGGCUGGAAGCAGGGAAGCAGAUGGAUGUGGCAGGGUACAUGAGUGAUGGGGACAUCCUAGGGAAGAACAGCCGGAUGGAUGCCAUCACCAGCGGAUACCUUACAGAUGGCGGCCUCCAUCUGUAUGCACGAAAUGCAGGCCGAGCCUCAGACGUGACUUCUUCUCGAGAAAUAUCCCAGAGAGGGAGCAAAGAGGUGCAGGGUGACAUAGACAGCUGGGAUGACAGCAGCUCGGUGAGCAGCGGCCUGAGUGACACGUUGGACAACAUCAGUACUGAUGAUCUGAACACACCCGCUUACUCCGCUGUCAGCUCUUCACGCAAAAGCAAGGGAGCACAGUCUCAGAGAGGAAGCAGGUCCAAGCAUGCAGAGCAGGAGGUGAGCAGCAGCUGGGCCGGAGCCGAGGACCUGAAGAAGGUUGAGGAGGACCUGGAUGCAAGCAUGGACCCCAGCAGCGGCUCCUCCCGCUGGAAGACCUCUUCCUCCUCCUCUUCUUCUCAAGCUCAAGGCCAGUACGAGGAGGCCGGCCAGAAGGCCGCUGCAUUGGCCCAGAUGUCCCAGACGGGCUCGUGGAGGAGGGGCAUGACGGCCCAAGUGGGCAUCACACCACCCAGGUCCAAAGGUACCUCUGCUGCCCUCAAAACACCAGGCAAAACUGAUGAUGCUAAGGCGUCGGAGAAGGGCAAGGCACCUUCUAAAAGUUCAGCAAGUAUCCAGCGCUCACCCUCAGAUGCUGGGAAGAGUAGUGGAGACGAAGGUAAGAAACCUCCCUCUGGCAUUGCACGCCCACCAACCACUAGUUCUUUUGGAUACAAGAAGAUCCCGGGUCCCACUGGUGCCCUAAUCACCUCCAGUGGUGCAACGCUCACCAGCGGUUCAGCCACGCUAGGCAAGGCGCCCAAAUCCUCAGCUGCCCUUGGAAAAGGCACAGGCAUCGGCAGUGUGCGCAAGACCAGCCUGGAUGGCUCACAGCCCCAAGAUGAUGGCAUUCUACUCAGCUGCAGUGGCUCCAAAGUGACCCUGCAGUACCGCUCUCUUCCCAGACCGGCCAAAUCCUCCAGCGGGGUGGCAGCAGGGCGCAGCGGACAUCGCUCCAGCUCCAGCAGCAUCGACUCAAACGUCAGCGGAAAGUCAGCUGCAGGGCCAGCGACACAAACAGGUGCCAAACGCAGGGACGGGAAAAUGGGCUCAGACCGCUCCAGUCCCAUCACCAUUAACCAGACAGAUAAGGAGAAAGUGGCGGUGUCAGACCAGGAUGCAGCAGCAGGACUAUCCACCUCCCCCAAGUCCAGCCCCACCUCCACUUCGACUGGUCAAUCAGGCCUCAGGCAGCCGGGCUCCAAGUACCCCGACAUUGCUUCUCCUACGUUCCGCAGAUUGUUUGGCACCAAAGCCAGCAGCAAGGCCAGCUCUCCGGGCACGCCCGACUCUGGCAAGUGCCCCUCAGUACUGGGCAGCCCCCACGGCACGCUGGCGAGGCAGGCCAGUCUGGACUCGCCCUCCUCUGGCACUGGGAGCCUGGGCAGCGCCGGCGGCCUGAGUGGUGGCAGCAGCCCACUGUACGGUAAAACCCCAGACCUGUGCACUGACUCCCCGGCCUCCAGCCCGGCCUCUGGCCUCUCCCUGCCCUCCAACGCUCGUCCUUGGCCUGCCUGUAGCUCGUCAGCUGGUAGCAAGGACACACUGAGCUGCCAAAGCAUGACCAGUCUGCACACCAGCUCUGAGUCCAUUGAUCUGCCGCUGGGCCACCACGGGCCCAAGGUCACGCGAACCGGCAGUGUCAAGUCCACCCUGUCUGAGGGCAUGCCUCUUGACAGAAACACGCUUCCCAAAAAGGGACUGAGGUAUCCUCCGUCCUCUCGACAGACGUCCCAUGAGGAAGGGAAGGAGUGGUUAAGGUCCCAUUCAACAGGGGGGCUUCAGGACACAGGCAGCCAGUCCCCGCUGUCGCCUCCUGGAGCUUCCUGCACCACCACUGGAAAAUACCACUACUCCAACCUGCUGAGCCCGACUAACAUCAGCCAGUAUAACCUGCCGCCAGGCAGCAGCAGCAUGAGCCGCUCCAACAGCAUCCCUGCCCAGGACUCUUUCGACCUGUACGGAGAGGGUCACCCACUGGGUGGCAGCGCAAACUCCCUGGAGGAACGACCACGGGCCAUAAGCCGCUCCGGCUCCUUCAGGGACAGCACUGACGAAGUUCACGGCUCUUCGUUGUCUCUGGUCUCCAGCACGUCUUCGCUGUACUCUGCGACGGAGGAGAAAGCACAUUCAGAGGGCCAAACAGUCCAAAAUUCCACGCAAAUCAGAAAGCUGCGUCGGGAACUGGACGCCUCUCAGGAGAAGGUGGCGACCCUGACGUCUCAACUGGCUGCUAAUGCUCACCUGGUGGCAGCCUUCGAGAAGAGCCUGAGUAACAUGACCUGCCGCCUGCAGAGCCUCACCAUGACCGCUGAACAAAAGGAGUCUGAGUUGGCUGAGUUGAGGGAGACGAUAGAAACGUUGAAGACCCAGAACACUGACGCCCAGACAGCCAUCCAGGUGGCGCUCAACGGCCCAGACCACCUACACAAAGAUCUGCGAAUUAGGCGGCAACACUCGUCAGAGAGUAUGUCCAGCAUUAACAGCGCGGCCAGUCACUCCAGCAUGGGCAGUCUGGGAAAGGACGCCGAAGACAAAAAGAAGAAGAAGAAGAGCUGGGUGGCUGAUUCCAUCCCGGCUCAGUUACGCAGCUCUUUCAAGCAGGCAUUCAGCAAGAAGAAAACUAAAUCCCAGUCGGCCCAUGACGAGAUGGAGGAGAUGACCGACUCGCUGCCGUCCUCCCCCAAACUGCAGCAUGACAACAGGCAAGGCAGCAUCUCAACGCUGCGCUCUUCGCCCUCCACCACAGAGCUGUGUGAAUGCACCGAAGCCGAGGCUGAAAUCGUCCUCCAGCUGAAGAACGAGCUGAGGGAGAAGGAGCUCAAGUUGACAGACAUCCGGCUGGAGGCACUUAGCUCGGCCCACCACCUGGACCAGAUCCGAGAGGCCAUGAACCGCAUGCAGAAUGAGAUUGAGACGCUCAAAGCGGAGAACGAUCGCCUCAAGUCCAGCGGUAACGCCACUCCAACCGCCACACCCAUCAAGACGGCCCGGCCACCUUCCGAGACCUCCAGCACGUCCUCGUCCUCCUCGCGUCAGUCUUUGGGGCUGUCGCUCAACAACCUCAACAUCACCGACACCAUCAUGUCAGACAUUCUGCUAGAUGAUAGCUAUGAGGGCAAUCUGCGCAAAGAGGGCCGGAGUGUGCGAAUAGUUGUUACCAUCAGCAGCGGCCCAAAUACCACCAAGGGCACACAAAGUCAGGAGUACCUGAUCGGGUCUAUAGGUGUGAGUGGGAAAACAAAGUGGGAUGUCCUGGAUGGAGUCAUCCGACGCCUCUUCAAGGAGUAUGUGUUUCGGGUGGACCCUCUGACCAGCCUGGGUCUCAGCUCAGAAAGCAUUGUCUGCUACAGGAUGGGCGAGGUGGUUCGCUCCCACUCCUCCGAAGUGCCUGAGUUGCUGCCCUGCGGCUACCUGGUGGGCGACAACAACGUCAUCAAGAUCAGCCUCAAAGGUGUGAAGGAGAGCAGUAUCGACAGCCUGGUGUUUGACACGUUGAUUCCGAAGCCCAUUAUCCAGCGCUAUCUCAACCUGUUGAUGGAGCAUCGCCGUAUCAUCCUCUCAGGACCCAGCGGCACCGGCAAAUCCUUCCUGGCUGCCAAGCUGGCAGAGUACAUCAUUUCCCAGAUGGGGCAGGAGGUGACAGAGCACAAUGUGGCCAGCUUCAAUGUGGACCAGAAUUCCAGUAAGGACCUGCGUCAGUACCUGUCCAACCUGGCAGAACAGUGCAACUCUGAGGAGACGGACACAGAGCUCCCCACUGUGGUCAUCCUGGACAACCUCCACCAUAUCGGCUCCCUCAGUGACAUAUUCAACGGCUUCCUCAACUGCAAGUACCACAAAUGCCCUUAUGUGAUUGGGACCAUGAACCAGGGAGUUUCCUCCUCUCCUAACCUUGAGCUACACCACAACUUUAGGUGGGUGUUGUGCACCAACCACACCGAGCCGGUCAAAGGUUUCCUGGGCCGUUUCCUGCGGCGAAAGCUGAUAGAGACGGAGAUCGAUAAGAACACGCGCAGCAAUGACCUGAUUAAGAUCAUCGACUGGAUCCCCAAGACCUGGCAGCACCUCAACGGCUUCCUGGAAGCACACAGCUCCUCUGAUGUCACCAUUGGCCCCCGUCUCUUCCUGCCCUGUCCCAUGGAUGUAGAAGGUUCUAGGGUUUGGUUCACCGACCUGUGGAACUACUCACUGGUGCCCUACCUGCUGGAGGCUGUCAGGGAAGGGCUUCAGCUGUACGGCAAGAGAGCAGCGUGGGAGGAUCCGUCCAAGUGGGUGAACGACACGUAUCCGUGGAACGCCGCCUCACUGCAGCAGGAAGGCCAGUCGCUGCUGCAGCUGAGGCCGGAGGACGUGGGCUACGACGGCUACAGCUCGUCCAAGGAGGGAGCCUCGUCCAAGCAGGUGUCUCAGAGUGACACAGAGGGAGACCCGCUGAUGAACAUGUUGCUACGGCUGCAGGAGGCGGCUAACUACUCCAGCACGCAGAGCUGCGACAGUGACAGCACCAGUCACCACGACGAACAGCUGGACUCCUCGCUGGAGUCGGCCCUAUGAGACCAAGAGCUGCGCCGGGAGACCGCGAAUCCUUAGACCGCCUGGGAGCCUUUGUAUCUCCAUUGCUAGCAGACACCCCUAUAGUGCACAGAUGUAUGACAUAUGAAAAGUUUUAUCAUCCAAAAUGGUAUACCCACCAUUUGAAAGAAAAUACAAAUUUUUACUUAACAGCGGUGCAAUAUUAAAUCAAAGUAUUAUAUGUUUUAAAGAGCAGUAGCCAACAAACAAUCAUACGUUACGUAAGUUCAGCUAAUCAUUUUUUUAAAGGAUGUAUAACAUUUUAGAAUACAACUUUUCAUAUACACGUGGACGGGGUGUGUCUGAUAAGGGACAGUAGUUCCUCUGAAGAUGACUUUGAAGGAGUUAAUCCCAAUUGCGCUCAGCCGUGAUGAGCCGCAGAUCUCUCCAUUAUUGUAACUUUGGGUGUCAAUCCGAAGAAGUGUCAGAAAAAAAGAGAAAGCCAGAAGUUUGACGUGACUAAACUGGAUUUUUCUUUUCUUUUUGAAAUCCCAGAUAUAUCUUCAGAUGUUUACAAUGGGUGGCAAGGUUCUGUUGUUUAUGUCUUUUCCUUGUUUACAGAGGUGCUUCUCACACAGACACACACACACACACACACAAACAUGGGCAGCAGGAGGACACUGUCCUUUAAUUGGUUCGAGCCCCCAUGUGACCAACAAUCCAACCUGCCAAAGUGUUUUCAGGUGAUGUAACCCCCUCUGGUGGUCACAGUGGAGGCUGUCAGUUUUCAGAAAAUGAAAACAACAAUUGUAAGUAAACAGAUUUUCUUUACACACAAGAUUCGUCACAGUUCCAUCAGACUGAUUUUAUGCUGUUUAACCACACUGGCUCCUCACAAGUUACUAUUUUAGAGCAGAGUGGGGGGGGGAAGAGGCACUUCGUUGUCUCACUGUUUAUCACUGCAGCACCUGAUUUGGGUGUCAUUGCCUUUUCUGAACAUAGAAACAAUUCUUCACCUCCACAAUAGCACUAGAUGUGGUUGACCUGAGAAAUUCACGAAGCCUCUACAGCCCAAUUAGGAUCACAAGAAUUACAUUUUUAUAACAAACACAUAUGGCUCACAACCCUGCAGUAGUCAGUUGAGCCCCGUGGUGCUGGUCUCCUGGCCUGAGCCUCGUCAGUGUCAGGCACUGCCAAGCCGCUCCUCGCUGCCCUGCAUGCCAACAACAAGCACAAGGAAAGCGCAUUGUCUGUGUGUCAUCCAGCCACAUUGCUACUGUGAACAAAAAAAAUGGACAAGUGCCAAUGUUUCCCUUUGAUUUACUGCCAAAUGUGCACACACUAUAACACAUACAACAACCAUACACCCACAGAGACAUUUCACCACAAUGCACAGCUGACCAUGGUUAUAAACUUGGAUUAAGUUGUUCUUGGCCAUCCACACUCCACAGCCUGUUGUCACUCCUUUGCUUAGAAAAGUACCACGAGAACAGCAGCAGUUCAACUGACCGCUCACUAAACCCCACUGCUGAACAGCCAUCCAAUCAUGUUCAGUCAUUAGCAACUGUAGCUCCGUUCACCACGUCUGUCAACCUUUGGAUUUCUCACAUGUUAAAGUAGCGUGAAUGGAGAUGUAGUGUGAGAAAUUUAAAAAAAAGUCUUCUUUAGCUUUUCCAAGAGCAAAACCGCAAGAACAAAAGUAUCAGGAAUGGCUAACAUAUCUUCGAACAUUUGCUGCUAAUGUUAGUAUGAGUAUGAUUCAAAAGUGAAAACAUACUGACGAUAUGAGCACGUAAACUAGAACUUACUAUGGUGCUACACUGCAUUUUAAAAUGAGUCAGCAGGAAAUAUUCAAAAGUCUGCUGAAAAUAACUUUAGUUUAAUUAGCCAGGUAGCUACAGCUGGUGGAACUUUGAGUGACAGAUCUCAAAACUAUUGCCGUCACUGUAAACUGCAUAGGUGUGAGAAGGGACAGCGUGACAGACGUAGCAACAGUUACUGAAGGAAGGAGGGAUUAGUGAACGGUCAGUUAGCUGAAUUCCUGUGACGUGAAGAACCACGUAGGUGGGCUUUGCUGCAGCAGGGAAACGUAGACAGCAACAGGAAAGCAGUAGACUGACUUUGAAAAAUGUCAUGGCUUUCACUCCAACAGAUAUGAAUCAGAGCUAUGAUGCCGUACGACCAAUCAUCAAAAUGUAAGAAAUAUUGAAUGACGCAAUGCCGACAUUUGAUAGUCUCAUUCAGCGUCUGCACCAAUGUGGGGUCCGUGAGGUACCAAAAUAGAAUCCAGAAUAUUUUCAAAUGCAAGUUAACCAGAUCAGCCCAAGACCUGAAUAAUGGAACAAAGUUACUGGUGCUUUCUCACUGCCUUAAACGUGCUAAAGGUUGGGAGGCAUCCUUCACUCCCAUCGGCUGUAGUGAGAAGAAGAGGUGUUGAUGGAUGAUGAUGAUGAUGAUGAUCUGCUUCCUGCCACAUCAAAAAAGCUGCUUGUAGUUGGGGAAAACAGCCUGUUUUUUUUGUUUGUUUGGUUUUUUUUUUUUGUCCCUCUUCCUCCAAAUUGCCCUUUCUUGUUUCUGACAGUUAAAGUAUAAAAGAGUUGAUGCUGUAUUUGAAUUUAAAACUAACCAGUGUUGUUUUAAAAAAAAAAAACAUUUAAAAAGGGGUGGGGAUAUUUUUUAGUUGUUGUUUUACACCCAGUUGAGCUGGGCUCACUUGAACUGACAGGAGCACAACCAAACUGUUUUGGGUUUUCUAGCCUGACGAGCAUGUUUUGAAGCUUUUUAAAGGGGAUGCAUUGAGAAGAGACCUUUAUCGUUACGUAUGCGUGUACUGGACGGAAGCCAUUUUGAAUUUUGAUUGUCCUCUCUUUGUUUUACGAGUGGGUUGGUUUUGCACACUUUGAGGUGGGGGUGGGUUGUAAAUACUUAAGUCUUGCACAGUGAAUCAAGGAUGCAUUCUGCCCUGUUGAUGUUACAAUAUGCUUAACCCGCUGAGUAAAUUAUUGUACCUUCAGAGAGAAAAAAAAAAA